GAGUAGAUGUCUUAACCACAGUACACCACUGAGGCUGGUCUGUAGCAUAGUUUACAUUUUUAUCUUUUAAAAAUCUCUUUUCAACAUUAAGCUGGGGUGUAAUCUUUGUCCAGUCAUCCGUGACCUAUAAUUUUAGCCCUGCCCGCCUCCUUGCAAGUCUGUUUGAAUACUGUGUGUGUGUGUGUGUUGUGAAGCCAUGCCACAUAUAUAUUGAUCAACUGAAGCAGAACUUGAUACAGAGGUUAUCUGGGUCACUGGUUGUCAAAAUCUAGUGACUGCAGGCAGCACCACACACUCACACACACACAGUCAGGUAGCCUGGUCCUGUCUUGUGGAGCUCUGGCUUCAGAAUAGUCUUAUACCUGUAAUGUACCGGUAAUCGCACGUGUGUGGACUUUAAGGAUAUACACAUACCUGGAUUUACACCUGGAUUUACCUGCCUGUCCAAACAGAAGCAAAAGGAGCUGUACACACAUGUGGAUCCGGAUUUAGCUUUGUCUCAGUAACCGUCCAACAGUCAACAUGGUGAUUCUUGGAAAGGGUGACCAUGUUUGGAUGGACCCGGAGGUCAGCGGUGAUUUUGCCGUAGCUAUCGGCGCUCAGGUCCAGUUCUCGGAGUCCGGCCGAAUCAAGGUUGUCGACGACGACGGCCACGAGCACUGGAUUGAUGGCAAGCGGAAUAUCCGCCACAUGCACCCGACGUCCGUGGAGGGGAUGGAGGACAUGAUAGGGCUGGGAGACCUCAAUGAGGCCGGCAUCCUGCGCAACCUCUUCAUACGCUACAUGGAGAACCAGAUCUAUACAUACACAGGAUCGAUCCUGGUUGCUGUGAAUCCGUACCAGAUCCUGCCGAUCUACACGGGCGACCAGAUCAAACUGUACCGCGACAAGAAGAUUGGAGAACUGCCCCCACACAUCUUCGCCAUCGCAGACAACUCGUACAGCAGCAUGAAGAGAUACGACCACGACCAGUGUAUCAUCAUCAGCGGGGAGUCGGGGGCUGGCAAGACCGAGAGCACGAAGCUGAUCCUACAGUUCCUGGCGGCCAUCAGUGGUCAACACUCGUGGAUUGAACAGCAGAUUCUUGAGGCCAAUCCUAUCAUGGAGGCUUUUGGCAAUGCGAAGACGAUCCGGAACGACAACUCGAGUCGGUUCGGCAAAUACAUCGACAUCCACUUCAACCGGAAGGGUGUGAUAGAGGGUGCACGGAUAGAGCAGUAUCUGCUGGAGAAGUCUCGCAUUGUCCACCAGGCCCAUGAUGAGAGGAACUACCACAUCUUCUACUGCAUGUUGGCCGGGCUCAGCGCGGAGGACAAGAAGAAACUAGAGCUCACCGAGGCCAGCCACUACCACUAUCUCGUACAGAGAGAUGGUCCCCUCAUAAAGGGAGGUGGCAUCAUCUGCGAGGGACGCGAUGACACUAAAGAGUUUGCCGACAUCCGGUCAGCGAUGAAGGUGCUGAUGUUUGACGAGUCAGAAAUGUGGUCCAUCCUGAAGAUACUGGGCGCACUGUUACACAUGGGCAACAUCAAAUACAAUGAAAUUGAAAUUGACCACAUUGAUGCAACAGAAAUCCAGGACAUUUCCUUCAUCAAAAGAGCCGCACGUUUGCUGGAAGUCGACACACAGGACAUGAUCGACUCUCUCACGACAAAGACAAUUUUCACAAAAGGUGAAAGCGUCACGUCGACGAUAAACAAUGUCUCCGCAAUCGAUGUGCGAGACGCAUGCGUGAAGGGAAUCUACGGUCGCAUGUUCGUGUGGAUUGUCGACAAGAUAAACCACGCCAUUUUCCGUCCCAAGGAUGGUCCGUCCCAAUACCGCAAAUCCAUCGGUGUUCUCGAUAUCUUCGGAUUUGAAAACUUUGACACAAACAGCUUUGAACAGUUGUGUAUCAACUACGCUAAUGAAAAUCUUCAACAGUUUUUUGUGCGACACAUAUUCAAGCUGGAGCAGCAAGAAUAUAACCUGGAAGGAAUCAGCUGGAGCCACAUUGAGUUUGUCGAUAACCAAGAUGCCCUUGACCUUAUCGCUGUCAAGCCGAUGAAUAUUAUGGCUCUCGUUGAUGAAGAAAGCAAAUUCCCACAGGGUACAGACCAAACCAUGUUGAACAAACUGCAUCAACAUCACCGUAGCAACAACAACUACCUGAAGCCAAAAUCUGCCUUCAACACAACGUUUGGACUGAACCACUUCGCUGGAGUGGUUUUCUAUGACAGUGAAGGAUUUCUGGAGAAGAACCGUGACACAUUCAGUGCUGAUCUCAUUCAGCUGAUACAGACGACGAAAAACAAGUUUCUCAAGAAGCUCUUCUCCAACGACAUCUCAAUGGGGACGGACACUCGCAAGAGAACCCCGACGCUCGCCGCACAGUUCAAGAGAUCCCUGGACUCCCUGAUGAGAACCCUGGGAACAUGUCAGCCCUUCUUCGUCAGAUGCAUCAAGCCUAACGAGUUCAAGAAAGCACUGCUGUUUGAUAGAGAGCUGUGCUGUAAACAGCUGCGAUACUCUGGGAUGAUGGAGACGAUUCGUAUCCGACGUGCUGGCUACCCGAUCCGGCACAAGUUCAAGGACUUUGUUGAUCGAUACCGUCUGCUUGUCAACGGGAUUGGACCCUCGCACAAGGAGGACUGUCUGCAGGCAUCGAAGAAAAUCUGCUCGGCCGUCUUACAGUCUGUAGACUAUCAGUUGGGACGGACCAAGGUUUUUCUUAAGGAUGCACAAGAUGCCUUUUUGGAACAACAAAGGGAGAUAACCCUGACGAAGAAGAUCCUCGUGUUACAGAAGUCAGUUCGCACAUGGCACUGUCGUCGCCGCUUCCUCCGAAUGAGGAAGGUCAUCAUCACAAUCCAGUCGUCAUGGCGAACCUAUCGUGAACGUCGCAAGUUCAUACUGAUGCGACAAGCGUACAUGCGACUCCAGGCAAUCUGUCGAUCUCGGAUUCUCACCGCACGAUACAACAUCCUCAGAGGAAUGAUCAUCAACUUCCAGUGUUAUGCCCGAGGAUUCCUGGUUCGUCGCUGGGUCCAGAAGAGAAUGGUGGCCGUUGUGAGGAUACAGGCUGCACUGAGAACUAUGAUCGCCAGGAAGAAGUACCGCAGGAUGCAGAUAGAGUAUGCCAAGAGAGUGGAGGCUGAACGGAUCCGCCAGGAGGAGGAGAAGAAGUUGAGGAAACAGAUGAACAUGAAGAAAGCCAAAGAAGAGGCAGAGAGACACCACAGGGAGCGUCUGGCGAAGAUUGACAAGGAGGUGGUGGAGGAGGAGCAGAAGCAGAGACAGGAGGCCAUCAACAUAAAGGAGAGACUGAAGCAGGCUGAGUUCGACCGCGAUCAAGAUGUCAACGAGUCCGCUCUUGUGGAGCAGCUAUUUGGGUUUGUCGGAGAAGACACUGGGACGCCUCUUAUGGCGACUGGACAAGGCCCAGCAGCCUUUAGGGAUCUGGCAGUGAACCGUAUCGAUCAUGUGGAGAAUGGUAUGGAUGUGAGCGAGGUGAUAAUUGGGCCACACGAUGAGGAUGACGAAGAUAUCCGGGAGUACAAGUUCUCCAAGUUUGCCGCCAUGUACUUCCAGUCGAACGCGACACACACAUACAUCCGCAAGGCGCUCAGGCAGCCGCUGCUGCCUCUCCGAAACGAAGGAGACCAGUUGGCUGCCCUGGCUGUUUGGAUUGUAAUUCUCCGAUUCAUGGGAGACCUGCCAGAACCCAAGUACCACACCGCCAUGGCUGAGACUCGGGACAACACCCCAGUAAUGUCGAAAAUCUACUCCACCCUUGGUCGUAAGUUCAAUAAGAAAGAUCUAGAGGAAGCGAUGCGAUUGGGCGAAGAUCUGGUGAGUGUGGAACGAGAACAGCCAGGCUAUGCAAGGAAUACAACAAGUAGACGGAAGAAGAAUAUUAUCUCCCUUACCCUGAAGAAGAAGUCCAAACUGACGGAUGAAGUGCGGCACAAGUUACAGGAGUACGACACUGUCGGAAGUGGAAACGCCCUGUUGGAGGAUCGGCCGAUGUCGAAUCUGGAGAAACUUCAUUUUAUCAUCGGUCAUGGAAUUUUGAGACCUGAUCUCAGAGAUGAGGUGUACAGCCAGAUCUGCAAACAGCUGAGUCAGAAUCCGUCGAAAGGAAGUCACGCUCGUGGCUGGAUCUUGCUCUGUCUCUGUGUCGGCUGCUUCCCACCUUCAGAAAAGCUGGUGAAGUACUUACGGAACUUCAUCCAGGACGGACCCCCAGGUUAUGCCCCAUACUGCGAGGAACGACUGCGAAGAACGUUCUUCAAUGGACCCAGAAAUCAACCGCCGAGCUGGCUGGAACUUCAGGCGACCAAGUCUAAGAAGCCGCUGAUGCUGCCGAUCACGUUCAUGGACGGCAACACGAAGACGCUGCUCGCGGAUUCGGCCACCACGGCGCGUGAACUCUGUCAGCAGCUGUCGGACAAAAUCGUGCUCAAGGACCAGUUCGGAUUCUCCCUCUACAUCGCUCUUUUCGACAAGGUGUCGUCUCUUGGAAGCGGUGGAGACCACGUGAUGGACGCGAUAUCGCAGUGUGAGCAGUACGCCAAAGAGCAGGGAGCCCAGGAGCGCAACGCCCCCUGGAGGCUGUUCUUCCGCAAGGAAAUCUUCGCACCGUGGCACGACCCGAGUGAGGACCCGGUUGCGACCAAUCUCAUCUACCAGCAGGUCGUCCGUGGAAUCAAGUUUGGGGAGUACAGGUGUGACAAGGAUGAAGACCUAGCGAUGAUUGCUUCCCAACAGUACUACGUGGACUACGGCAACAACCUGAACCCCGAACGCCUGCAGUCUCUGUUGACCUCGUACAUCCCGGACUCCUAUCUCCAGAAGGCCAACGCCAUCCAGUUCUGGAUGUCAUCGGUCGUCAACAAGCUCAAGAGUCCCUACUUCUCCAACGAGAGGAUCAAGCCUCUCAAGGUCAAGGAGGACAUCGUCAGCUAUGCCAAAUACAAAUGGCCACUGCUGUUUUCUCGUUUCUAUGAGGCAUACAAGUUCGCCGGGCCCAGCCUGCCAAAGAAUGAUGUGAUAAUCGCUGUCAAUUGGACAGGGGUUUACGUGGUGGAUGACCAGGAACAGGUCUUGCUGGAGUUGUCUUUUCCUGAAAUUACAGCCGUGUCGAGUAGUCGCACGGGUAAGAUGCACGGCCAGAGCUUCACGCUGGCGACGGUGAAGGGCCACGAGUACACGUUCACCUCGCCCAACGCGGAGGACAUAAAGGACCUCGUCGUAACCUUCCUCGAGGGGCUAAAGAAGAGAUCCAAAUAUGUCAUAGCCAUCCAAGACUACACAGGUGAGGGUUCGACGUUCCUGAGUUUCAGCAAGGGUCACCUGAUAAUCCUGGACCAGGAGAGUGGCGAGACCGUGAUGACCUCGGGCUGGUGUUACGGAGAGAACAUCCACACCGGAACCAAGGGCGACUUCCCAGCCGAGUGCGUCUACGUCCUGCCCACCAUCACGAAACCCCCCAAUGAGAUACUGAAUCUGUUUGUUCAGUCUGGGGACCAGACCCAGAAGUUGCUGGUUCCUGUCCAGGAGGAGGUGGAGGGACACAUAGGGGAGAAGGUGCACACCCUGGAACAGUAUUCAUACGACCACUUCAGGCCCCCUCCAAAGCGAACGCUGAGCAAGACACUGCGAGCCCCUAACAGACGGAGGAAUGAUGAGCUGUGGAGGUACUCGAAGGAUCCGCUCAAACUGCCACUCCUGAAGAAACUGGCCGGAAAAGAAGAGCAAUGCUCAGAAGCCUGCAUGAGUUUUCUCGCUAUUCUGAAGUACAUGGGAGACCACCCAUCACGGCGAGGCAGGAUUGCCAACGAGUUGACUGAUCAGAUUUUUGAAGUCCCACUUAGAAACGAAAUUCUCCGAGAUGAAAUCUACUGCCAAAUUAUGAAACAACUCACCGAUAAUAAGAACAAAAUCAGUGAGGACCGUGGUUGGGAGUUGAUGUGGCUGGCCACUGGUUGUUUUGCACCAAGCACCAACCUGUUGAAGGAGCUGACCCAGUUUCUGAGGACACGCCGCAAUAUUAUCGUGUCCGACUGUAUAAAUCGACUGCAGAAAACAUUGAGGUACAAUACAGUACACUUUGAGUAAACCACCAGCCUGUAGGUACAUACAAUACACUAAAUAGUCAACCACCAGCCUGUAGGUACAUACAAUACAC